GCAUUGACUCAUGUCUUACUGCUUGCAAUGGAUUGGUGCAGAUUCAUUUUUAUGGAUUCCUGAGGGAUUUAUGAUCAAUUAUUUGAUAUUUUGCCAGAAAGGGUAUUCUUACUUGCUGCAAUUCUAUACUGUAUAGCACGUUUAAAAGGAAUUGUUUUUAUUUUUCUCUCUCCAAAUGUGGCUCUAGAUCGUAUAAUUUGAAUUAAGCUCUGUGACUGUGAGAAAAGCAGUAUUUUUGUAUUGUGUAGUGAAAGAUGAGGCGCAUUUCGCCGCUCUUUUUGGUAGUUCUAGUCCUGGGGUUUUUCUUUGCUACAUAUAAUUUGUUGACUAUGAUAAUACACUAUAAGACAUCUUCAGAAGAGUGGGACGAUCCUUUACUAAUGCCCAGGAAUUUGAAUGAAUUUGGGGGUUCGAAGUCAAAGUACCAUGUUGCGCUCACGGCAACUGAUGCUCCUUAUAGCCAAUGGCAGUGUCGGAUUAUGUAUUAUUGGUAUAAGAAGGUAAGAGAUAUGCCUGGAUCAGAGAUGGGAAAGUUCACUCGAAUUUUGCAUUCAGGGAAGCCUGACAGUUUGAUGGAGGAGAUUCCAACUUUUGUUGUUGAUCCUCUUCCGGAUGGUUUAGAUCGGGGUUAUGUUGUCUUGAAUAGACCAUGGGCUUUUGUACAAUGGCUGGAAAAAGCAACAAUUGACGAAGGAUACAUUCUAAUGGCAGAACCUGACCAUAUAUUCGUAAAUCCUUUGCCUAACUUGGCUCAUGGAAAAAAUCCAGCAGGAUUCCCUUUCUUUUACAUUAAGCCAUCUGAUCACGAGACUAUUAUUAGAAAGUAUUAUCCUGAGGAGAAGGGUCCUCUGAUGAACAUUGAUCCAAUUGGCAAUUCUCCAGUGAUUAUUAGAAAGUCUGAGUUGGAGAAAAUUUCACCUACAUGGAUGAAUAUUUCAUUAAGGAUGAAAGAUGAUCCAGCAACCGAUCAGGCAUUUGGAUGGGUGCUUGAAAUGUAUGCAUAUGCUGUGGCAUCAGCACUACAUGAUGUUCGGCAUAUACUUCGUGAAGACUUCAUGCUCCAGCCGCCGUGGGAUGUGGAAAUAGGGAAGAAGUUUAUACUCCAUUAUACUUACGGAUGUGACUACAAUUUAAAGGGAGAAUUAACAUAUGGAAAGAUUGGAGAAUGGCGUUUUGACAAGAGAUCGCAUCUUAGCGGGCCUCCUCCAAGGAAUCUCUCUUUGCCCCCUCCAGGUGUUCCUGAAAGUGUGGUGAGACUUGUACAGAUGGUGAAUGAGGCUACGGCAAAUAUUCCCAAUUGGGACACACUUUAAGUCGUGGCCGAGACAUAAUCAUAUUAGUCUGUGCUUCCAUUCCAAUGCUGAUAUCAAUCUCCUUCCAACGAGUGUUAUCAGCGCAAAAUAGUGGUAGCUGAGACACCAGUAUACAUAGAGAAAAGGGCAUGUUUACAAGUUAACGAGGGAAGUUUCCUUUUUUUACUCUUUUAGUAAACAUGAAAUGCAUGUUUAAUAAAAGAAUGAUGUCUAUUUAUCGAUUUUUUCUCGUGAAGUUUUGUGACUGUAAACGGUACACCAAAUGUUGGAGAUGAAAAUCUUUUUGCAAUAUUUCUAUUGUUUAAGGCUAGACCUACAUAUGGAACAAGUAUGGCAAUGCUUGUCUACACACCUAUUUGGUAGAGAAGAAAUGCAGAAAAUGUUCAUUUUCUUUUA